AUGAGCCAAGGCCUCGACAGCCAACACGGAGAAGUUGAAUUGCGGGUUACGUUGCCCGGGGGCAUUAGGGUGGUGGUCACAGCUCCACCGGAAUCUGCUGCCACUGCUGCUUUGCUGCUUGGCCACAUUUCUCUGUUUGAGGCCCCCUCCUCUCCUCGAACUGAUCAGUCAUUUGAGGUGGUGUCUUCUGCUUCUUCGGCUGUGCGUGCCCCUUCUGGUCCUCGUCGCCUUGAGACACGUGAGCAAAUUGCCCAGUCUUUUGUGCCCUGUCCGACCCGUCUUUUCCAAAACAGUGCUAAGCUGUGUGGGUCCUCUUUGUCUGGCCGUGAUCGUGUGGAGCGGGCUUGGACUUGUGGACAGUGGGCUGCAGCGGUUAGGGACUCUCGAAUCCACAGUCCCAAUCGCACCCCGCCCAUUGACUUGCGGGCGCGGUUCUACGCAGUGUUGCGUGCCUCUGGACUUGAGCAACCAACCAUCUUCAAAUCCUCUGCGGGCUACUGGGCCGCCAUCCAGCGUCUGGACGGAAGCGACUCGAUUUCCCAAAGCUUCCCCAGCGAGCUUGAGGCGAAGAUCUACUUGGAAUCUGCUGUCGGCACGAUGGAACCUGUGGACUUGGAUUUGGGUUCCCUCGUGACCUUGCAGUCCGACGUAGUUCCCUAUGUGUUGAAUUGGUCGAGCCCUGGAGAUCCAGUGGAGGCAUGUGUCUUUGUGAUCAAUUUGAGGCCUGGUGGACUUUUGCUGGCCGUUCCCCUUGGAGUUGUUCCCGAAGAGGUUCUUGCACAAGGAAACGAGUCUUUGCCACCUGGUCCUGUCGGUCCGUCAACUGUGGUCGUUGUCCCAGCCGUCUUGCCAGAGGGGGGGGUAAUGUCGCCAACCGGCACAAAUAUGUCAGUUUUGGUAGUCGACAUGUCCGAAGAAGCCGUGCAUCGACUGCAUGCAGUGGACCCGUCUGUCCCUGUGGAAUUUGUUUUCGACGAAGAGCAGCCUUUUGCCAUACCAGACCCGGCCGCUUUGAAGAGCUCGGUGAGAGAUUGGCUGGAAGCAAGUGCCGAGACGUCAGGUCUAGGCUAUGUAACAGCCGAACCAGAGUUGGAGGGAGAAGCAUUGGAGGAGGAGGCGCCAUCUCCACCUCUUGUCCCAACACGCCAAAGAAAGCCCACUCAGCGUGGGCGCGAGCCGGCUACCGCUUCAGGAAGGAAGCCCACGGUAGCAACUCUUGCCGGUUCCAUAGAACAGUUGUUGCAAGCGAACGUAGGGAUCUCCAAGCAACUGGAGUCUUUGACUGUGCGCCAACAGCAGUUAGAGAAACAGCGCCAGCAGCCUCUUGUGCCUCCUCCCUUGCCCUCUCACCAGUCUGUCUUGAGCCAGCCUUUAUCAUCUGUAUUGACGGUUCCUCAGGUUGGAAGUUCGGCAGUGGUCCACCAUUUGGGUGCUCCCCCCAAAACUUUUGCUCCAGCGUCCCCGGGUCUGUUAAGGUCUCCUUUGGUUCAACACCCAGAGCUUGGAGAAAUGGAGGCGGAGAAGUUGAAGCCAGGCCUAUCUUCCUCCAGCGACAGCCUUGCUCAAGCAGUUCUUGCACAGUCCCAAGCCUUAACUGCUCUGGUGUCACAGAUAGCAGCUCAGUCGAGCGACCCCAUGGUGGAUUUAGGCAGCAUGGGUUCGACUGCAGGGACGAGGGGCGCUCAAGGGAGAGCAAAGCUCCAAGCGGAGCUGGCAGCACAGCGAGGAACCUUCUUCGCAUCGGUUCUGAAUGCAAUGGCGCGGAGAAUGCAGCCGACCUCACCUGCCGAUGGGACCCCGGGCGAAUUGAUGGCCCGAGGAGUUUGCGGCACAAAAUACCUGGAAAGGUUCGGGGGGUUCGGGAAACACAGGGAGCUAGGUUGCCUGCAGCACCAAGUGAUGACUAUCAUGGACUUCUUGCAAACAGAAAAUUUGCCUGCCGCUCGAGACGCAGCGGCUCUGUUAGCAGUAACCAUAGAUCAGGCAGCCUUGGACAACUCCAGAUUCGAGCUGGCCACCCUUCUGUGCUUGCAAGAGGAGCCACCGUCAACAGUGUUCAGUCACAAGCCAGCCAAUGUGAUGUCCAAGACCCGGGCCUUCAGCCCACUUGCCGACCAAAAGUGGGUCACUGUAGCUCUGGCUUACCUGAAAGAAUUGGAUGUGAUCUCGGCCAAACGCCUGGAACUGACCUCCCAAGCCAGCGCUGCAGCUUUAGGAAGUGGAAACUCCGAAAAGCCGAAAGCCAAGCCCUUUCCGAAAAGGAAACAGAAAUGGGGGGGAAAAGGAAACCAAGGAAAUGCGGAGGGAGAGGAGCAGUAG